CGCCAGUCCUCGACCAGCGAUCGCACCGGCCGGGUUAGUGUGGCGCCGCCGCGCGAGUAGCAAGUAGUAGUCCCCCGCAGUUACAACACGCCAAACCUCGGAAGUAGACGGCGGACCAGCAGAGAAAGAAAAAACCAAAACACCGUAAGUGCCGUGAUUGGGGCAGCCCCAACUAAACGAAGGGCAACCGGGCGUUGCGUUGCAGUGCAGAAAAAUAGUUUAGUGCAUUCCUCGGUGCAGGACCUUCCGAAAGCAUACUCAUACCGAACUGGCCAACCGACCGACGGGUUCGCCAGUCCGCGCGAGUUGUGGACGUAAUUCAUCAGAAAGCUGAGCUGAGUUUAAGGGAGUUAAAAUGGCGAAAAGUCCCACUAGGAAGUCCCUGCUACGGACCUCGCUCGUGCUGCUGGUUUCGGUGGUGGCACUGGCGGGUGGGGAAGCAGCACCGAACUACGAUUCGAAAGCCAUCCAGUGCUGCACGCCGGGCUACAUGAUCGACGGUAAGGCGCAGCGGUGCAACCGAGCGGACGGGAACUACAGCGCACCGAUGGGGCUCAGCUGCAACGCCAGCUACAUGAUCUUCCGCGACAUGGAGCAGGAGGUGUACGUGACCGAGGUGGGCGAUAUGAUCGACGGAGAGGCUCGGGUCCCGCGAGAUGAAUUCUGCGUCGGCCACACCGUGUCCGAGGAUCGCGCCCAGGGAGUGUUUGUGGUGUGCUUUAACGUGUCCCACCUGGACUCGCUGGCCUCGAUGCUGGUAGCCAAGGGCACCAUGUUGCUGGUGUCCGUCGCCUUUCUUCUCGUCACCCUGUACAUUUACUACAUCAUCCCGGAUUUGCGCGAAACGCAGGACAAGGUCACGUCGACGGCGGUCGGCUGUCUGGCGGUGUUUAUGUUUCUGCUCAGCCUCAUCCAGCUGUACGUGCCGAUGGUUCACACCCCGUUCUGCACCGUGAUAGCGUUCCUGAUGUACUUCUUCCUCGUGAGCUAUUUCGCUUGGUUAAACAUGGUCAUGGCUAACGUAUGGAAAUUGACGGUGGCACGCCGAUGGAAGAUCAAGGAACGAUCCUGGUACAUCUUGAACCACAUCUACGCCGUAACGGUCGCGCUGACGCUGACGGCCAUGGUCUACAUCUAUCACAGCCGGUACGCAACGUUCGGGGAGCACUCCUGUUGGUUCCGAACCGAACGGGAGCAGUCGUACUUCGUCUAUCUGCCGCUGAGCGUGAUGUUGAGCAUAAACAUUUUCCUGUUCGUCUGGACGAGCUUCCAUCUGCACUCGAGCGGCGACGAUAUCAGCCCGGACCGGAAGAAGGCCCUGCGGUACAAGUGCAUGCUGUACUUGAAGCUGUUUCUGCUAUCCGGUCUCAUCUGGAUAUUCGAGAUACUGUCCUUCCACAUGGGCGAAGGGUUGGUGCCGCAGUCGUGGUUCUGGAUCGUGGUCGAUGCCGUCAACUGCCUGCACGGCGUGCUGAUAUUUUUCGUGCUGAUCGUCUGGCGGCAGCGCAUCAAGCGAGAGCUGGCCAACCGGCGAGUGUUUUGUUUCCGUGCCCCGGCCCGGUGGGCCGAGCUGAAGGACGACGAGCAGGAGCACCUGCACGAGGACGGUCGAGACACCGGAAAGUAUGACCUUAUCAUCAAGUAAACAUGGAACGCGGUCACCUGUGGCUAUUUUGGACGUGGACGUAGUUGCUAUUAGCACCAAGAAAACGGUUUCCCCACAGUAUCCACCGAUAACCCAGUGAAGGGCGACUUUUGACGCCAACCCACACUACAGACCCCCAAGUGAAGUGGCGCAUCGAUUUGUUAAACUAAACGGACCACCAUUCGUUAAGCAUCGCGCCGUAGGCUAGAGUUAGGCGAGGUAACGCGCAAGGGAGUUUCUUAUAUACGCCAAACGCCAAACAGUUAUUGAGAAAGUUGCGUCAAGCAUACAACUUAUUACUACAAAUGCCUUGGUAUUGCACCGUGUGCAACUUAAGGUUUGUGUCGGUUAAACUAGUGUAAGGAUUAAUGGAAGUGCAUUGCCGAAAUUUGAAUAA